AGCUGGCUUACAGGGCUUAAUUUUUGUUAUGCAGUUCAUUGUUCGAGAAAUCCAAUGCGUGUCUUGGCCGUGACAAUGUCGCGCGAGAUGAAAGGUGAUGGAGUUUAUAAAUUAGAAUAUUGUCUAUGAAUUUUUCGAUGAGUAAUAGAAACAAAGCUGACGAUGGAUUAACGGAUUUAGCUUGACCGAAAAAAAAUCAGAAAUCUUUGCUCUAUUUCUUAAUGAAAAAUCAAAAAUUAAGUUCCACUGGGAUGAUAACUUAAACGAUUUCCAUCCAAGGAAGUCACAUGAAAUUCAACGAGUUGAGAUAGGAAGACCAAUAUAGGUGUGACCGUCUGGGAAAUUAAUCGCGCUUGCAAACCUAUGACCAAGUAUAGAUUUGUAUUUUAUUAUUUUUGAGGGUGUAGAUUAAUUUGUGAAGCAACACCAGAGGUCUCGGUUGAUGUAUAAAUAACAGAUUACCAGGAUAGCGCGAUGCGGUACUUUCGUUAUUGAAAUAAUAGCGAAAGCCUUUUUUCCGACAAACCACGGAGCUAACACGAGAGCUGCUUGAAAAGGAAAUGAUGAAUUUCCUUCAACACAUGGUGACCACUGUGACUAACAGUAAUUUCCACAAAGGACAUGGUAAGAAACGGACUCGCUAUUUCUAAUUUUACUGAAAGCGAACCUGGGGCUGGAUUUUAAUUUUCUUCGAAUGCUUGCACGUGCUGUAACAGUAAUGUGUUACUCGUAAACAAAUUGAACCAAUCACCAGUCGAGGAUUUAGUGCGCAGACAAGCAUUGUUGACACUCUGAUUUUAUCCCUGACGUCACCUGACAUCCGGGUUCUCGUCGAUCGUAAAUGUCAUGCCGUGCCCCUUUCCAAGGGUUCACCGGGAAAGUUUUUAUGAGGAAACAGAAGAGAUAGAAGGGUCUAGAGAGAACUUCGAGUUUUUACCCCAUAAAACUGCCACUUAAGCAUGUCCUGGAAUAUCCAAAGACCUGACGGUGUCGGCGGAAUGGCACCCUCGGAAGGGCAACCGUACAUGAGCCACGAACAACUUCGCAGUAACAGAGACGCUCUCGAGCGCAAGCUCUCUCAAAGACGACCUCGUCAAGAGCUCGUAAACAGGGGAAUCAUGCCAGCGGUCAGUGCAGCACCAGGAAUUCUUUCUCAAAGGACGAAACUCGAACGAGCAAAGACUGGCGAUAUGUUGCAAAAGAAAAUAAGAGCCAGACCUAACCGUGCUCAGCUGAUUCAAAGACACAUUUUGAAAGAAACACCUGGUGCUGUGGAUCCUUCAUUGAUUGACAAGCAGAUGAGAUUGAAAAGAAAGAAACUAGAAGACAAUCUCAAUGACAAAUUGUCAUUUAGACCUGGGCCUCUGGAACUAGUGAAGGAGAAUAUUUUGGAAGCUGGUACUCCAAUUAGCCAGGUGGUACAAGAGGGAACUGUGCCAUUUACUGACACAACAGAUUACUUUGAUUCUUUUUCUCCUGAGAGUGUUGACUCGCCAGAACCAUCUCCUUCACCAGAACCAAGCCAAGUUGCUUCUCCACCAAGCAUUGCAUCCUCACCAGGAUCAACGUGCAUAACAUCAACGGUGCAAGCCCUUGCUUCUCUGCAAGCGCAGACUCGGAAGCAUUCGCAGCAACAACAGGAAAAACAACAGCAGCAGCAUCAGAUGUUUCUACAACAGCAAAAUAGCCAGCAGCUUCUGACAUCACCUUCACCUCUCUCAGCAUCAGUACAAUCCUUACAGGGAUCCAAAAAGGAAGGCAAGUCUCGCAAGAAGACAGCCAAACCCAAAGUUAAGAAGUACAAGUAUCAUGAAUACAGGCCACCCAAUGGUGAGGUGCAGAAGUCUGAUUUGCCGUCAGACUCACCUUAUGGCUUGCUAUUGCAACAGCAACAGCUGUACCUCCAGUUGCAGGUACUGUACCAGAACUACCCGCAUCAUUGUAUGUUACCAUCCAUUCCAGAGAACGUUAAACUUGGAGUGAAUGGUUCCAAGAAUAAUAAUGGUACUGAUUCCGAAAAAGCUGUCAAAAUUGAAGACAUGAGAGUUGUUGAUAUGAGAAGAGCUCUGAAAGAGCGUGGGCUUCCAGUGUUUGGUUCUAAAACUGAUUUAAUUAAGCGACUGAAAGAGGCUGGACCUCUUGUGACACCAGCUGUGUCAAGCUCAAGCACUGCACCUGUUGUGGUCUCUACACAAGGACAAAUAACAACGUCAGCUCCAAGCGUGUCCCAGGCACAAGCUCUUCCAACGCAAACAGGCCAUCAAACACUACAUCGGUCCCAUUCAUUGCCUUUGCAAAAUGCAAAUUUUAACACUGUGGAGCAGUUGAAGAUGCAGAUUUUGGCAAAUAACCAAAGUCUCCAACAACUCAGUGUCCCACCAGAGGUUCAGCAGCAGCUGCAGCAGCUCCAGUAUUUGAACCUUCAGUUGCAACUCCAGCACUUAAACAUCCAGCAACAACAGAACAUACAACCAAAACCUCAAGACACCCCAGUUAGCAGUCAGACUGCAGCUGUUAAAAAGGAAAGUCUUAUAGAUAGUAAUUGUUCUUUCAGUCAUUCCCCUGAUCAGAACCAAAUUAAGGACCGAAAGCCUUCAUUCACGUUACAGCAGCAAAGUCAGCAGUCGCAAAUGUCGCCAGGGAGUCAUUCCCCUCUGCAGUCCCAGCAGUUGCAGAAGCCGCAGGUAGAUCAUGUUGAUCAGGCUUUGGCACAGUUACAGGAAGAGGCUCAAACCCUGGACUUUCGCUCACCUCACAUUGACUCUAAUCCUAGCAGUGUUGAAAGCCAGAUUCUAUCUUGGGAUCAACAACAUCCUCUGUUUGAUGGUGAAAGUGAAUCAUAUCCAUCGCCAGGCUCUCAGCAUUCAGACUUGUCAAGUCUGUCACCAUUGCAAAUGGACCAUCUAUCCCAUAGUAUGGAAGCUUUGCAUAACACAAACCUAUUUCAGGGCAAUGCAAAGCCCGAUAAUCAUCCUAUGCAGAGGUCAUACUCAGAGAGGUCACCAUCUGAUGGUUGUGACGAUUACUUCUUGAUGGUUCCACAGACUAAGCCUAGAUCAAUGUCUGAGCCACAGUUCCCAGUGUCAACGCACAAGCGAUCCUCAUCAUUCCCUUCAAUCCCUUUCACCACUCCCCCACCGAGCUAUGAGGCUCACAUGGCUGCACAGUCACACAAGCAGCAAAGAACAAUUCCUGUGGGUGGACAGAUGGGUGGUGGCUUUGCCGUGAGCAAUGACAUAAGCCCUAAACAUGAGGACAUGGAUUUGCCUCUGGAAUCUGUAAUCCAAGAUAAGGAAUUGUCUCAGGAAUUACACAAGGCCAUGACGAAUUUCAGUUCACUUGAUCAUGACGAAAUACUUGAAAUACUAGGAGAGCCUCGCACCCAAAUACCAACAACUACUAGUUCAUUUACUGGAGUGUUGUCAUCUUCACAAGUAUCUCCUGGGAACUCUCAGACACUGAGCAAGUCACCAAGUUUUGGAUACCUUCGUACUCUGCCAGCACCUAACUCCCCAGGAAGGAUGUCAAGAAGUUGUGAAGAUGUGAGCCAAUUGCCUGUUGGCAACAAGUUCCCUCUUCAAAUGGACAACAAUACUUUUUCUGAUUUGGACCAUUUGCUCAUGAGCCCUUUGUCUCCUAUGAAGGUGGACUCUUGUGAUACAGAUGAAAAUUCAAGCUUAAUGUAUCCUACAUCUAAUUCUAUACCAAUUCCAACAUCAAAUGGCAGUGUUGGAAGGACAACUAAUUUAAGUUGGCUUGACUUGAGUUUGUCACCAUCUGCGCAGAAUAUUUCACCCCAUGGCAAUGUUGAACUGCACAAUAACAACAACAAAGGGACUCCGCCCACGUUUUUGUACGACCCUACCACUGCAUUCAAGAGUGAUGAACCUUUUCCGUUAUCACUGUUUGACUUAGAGACACCGACAGCUCUUCAUCCACCCUCUGAUUUUUCAGAAGCAAUGGAUUACUGCGUUUAGGUUCCAUUCUAGUUGAUUAGCUAGUACAAGUGUUUAACAUUAGAUAAUAAUAAUUAAUAACAAGCAAAAUAAUAGUAUUUGUCAUUUAUGUAUGCAUGGUUGCACAGUUCUUCCAGUCAUGUCAUCAUUAUUGUACAAAUAACUAGGUUCUCUAAUAGGGAUCUUGAAUAUCAUGCUUGACACCAUACUCUUUGGUACAUGAGACCCUGGAUCAUUGUAUGGUCAUUCGUAGAAGUGAUCCCAAACUUGCAUUGGUAAUUAUUCUCUUCUGUUUCGUGAUGUUGGUGAUGUCUUUUGAAGUGACUUAACUGUACUUCAUAGUUGUGCUAAUUUAAAGUAAUCUAAACGUCUUGCUGUUAAAGAUCAAGUAAGGAAAACAUUAUUUUAUGAGGAAAACAGUUUUCACUACUAUAAGCUUGUUUCCAAGCAACUUAAUUUUGCUGUGCUGUCACGUUCUAGCUAGUACUCUUACUUUCUGUAAUAAAUCUUGUACUUCAA